AUGACAUCUCUUCCUCUACCCAAUCUGGUCUCCUUCACCAAGACAUGGCAUAACGAACCAUACCCUUUCAUCUCCCCUACAAGACCCGAGCUAUCAGUCUCCAAGAAGAACAUUGUCAUCACAGGCGGCGGCCACGGAAUUGGUCGAGCCAUUGGUAUUGCCUUCGCUCAAGCCAAUGCAAAGUCUGUUGCAAUUGUUGGAAGAAGUCGUGAACGUUUGGAAACAGCAGCAACAGUGAUCCGCGCUGCCAACCCGUCAACUACUGUCUUGUUUGAAGUUGCAGAUACUACACAGCGAGAGUCGAUCAACCAAGCUUUGAAGAACAUCGUUGAUAAGACUGGCAAGAUUGAUAUUUUCGCUGCCAAUGCUGGUAUACUCCCAGUGUACGGCCCAGUCAUGGGAUAUCCAGAAGAAGAACUCUUUCGAAGCCUCAUGAUCAAUACCAUGGGUGCGUUCAAUUCGAUACAAGCAUUUCUUCCACUGGCAGCACCAGGAGCCAAACUUUUCAACACAAGCUCCGGGAUAGGCCAUUGGCAGCCGAACGAGGCGGUUACGGGCGACUUCGCGUACGCAGCUGCAAAAGCAGCAGCGAUCAAGAUGUUCGACUACGUGGCUUUUGAGAACCCGUGGCUUCAUGUUGUUAGCUUCCAGCCGGGUAUCAUAGCAACGGGCAUCAAUCCCGACAUCACAGUGGGUUUUGAUACGGUGGAAUUACCUGCUCACUUCAUGGUCUGGCUUGCUUCGAAGGAAGCGGAAUUUCUAAAGGGGAAGUUUGUUUGGGCAAAUUGGGAUGUGCAAGAACUCAUGGCUCGAGAGGAUGAGAUUAAGAAUUCCAUGCUUUUCAGACUGUCGCUGAAUGGGGUCGAUAUGUAG